GACUUGGCAAAACCUUUAUAUAUUUUUAUAUAAUGUUUAAAUUAUUCUCUAUUUUCAUUUUUAAGCAAGAAUCUUUCCGUAGAGGAAGUUCAGGGUGAAUGUAAAUUUAGUCUGGGGUUUUUUCUCUUUGCGUAUUUAAUGUUGACCAAACAACACUGAAGCAUUCUGUCUGUACUCUUCUCUUACAGUCAUAUUGUUUCUCUGGCCUCCCGUGGCCGUGUUCUGCUAAAACACUGGCCUGAAUGUACUUGAGCUGAAAUCCAAGCGCCUCUCAUUGUUUAUUAAUGUGUGAAGUUCAGAGGAAGCACUCAGUCCAGGCAGGAGCAGUGUGCUCAGUUCAGUGACAGAGUCAACCAGCGGUCAGAGGAGGGCGACAUCGACCCCAUCUCACCGAUGCAGCUUCCAGAUUCCCAGUGGAAACGACAGGCCGCCACGCCGGGGUCCCGGGAGCACGACUCCAGCUCUCAACAGGUCACCAAACGCCACCGGAAACUAUUAAAGACCAGCCCUGUGCUGCGACCCCACACGAACUCUUCACAGUCACCAUCAUCUUCAUCAAGCUCGCGGCGUCUGUCUGACGUCCAGGAGUCCCGUCGACGGAUCAUACGGGAGGUCUGCGGGAAAUAUCGGAGUAAUAUAUCACGGACGAUAACGCCGCAUCACGUCUCGCGGAUUUAUGUGGAGGACCGACAUAAACUGCUGUACUGCGAGGUGCCUAAAGCAGGAUGCUCCAAUUGGAAAAGAGUCUUGAUGGUUUUGGCCGGCGUCGCCAACUCUACGCGAGAAAUCAAUCACGUGGCUGUUCAUUACGACAAUCACCUGAAACGCCUGGACAGCUUCGACCAUCAAGGCAUCACGAAGCGCUUGGAGACGUACACCAAAGUCCUGUUCAUCCGAGAGCCGAUGGAGAGACUGGUGUCGGCCUUCAGGGACAAAUUCGAGAGCCCCAAUUCCUACUACCAUCCCGUCUUCGGAAAGCCCAUCAUCUCCAAAUACAGGGUGAAUGCAUCGCAGACGGCUCUGAAGACGGGAAGCGGCGUGACCUUUCGAGAGUUCAUCCACUAUCUUUUGGACGUGCAUCGUCCCGUGGGAAUGGACAUCCAUUGGGAAGCGGCCAACCAGCUCUGCAGCCCCUGCCAUCUUCACUACGACUUCAUCGGGAAAGUCGAGACCUUGGAAGAAGACGCCAACUUCCUUUUACGAAAGAUCGGUGCGCCGGAGAACCUGGCGUACCCCUCGUUCAAAGACGGGAACCCCAAAGCGGCCAGAACGUCCACUCAGAUCACACAGCAUUAUUUUUCCCUGCUGAACGCAUCGUGGCGCCAGCGGGCGUAUGACUUCUACUACAUGGACUACUUGAUGUUUAACUACUCCAAACCCUACAAAGACCUGUACUGACGCUUGUGCUUUAACCGCUGGUCACCCGUGUGCGCUGUCCGUCGUCUGAUCAGUGCUUCAGAGACUCAUUAGACUCUUAAUCUCAUCCUCUUUGGAGAUUCAGCCGUCAAUAACCCGGAGCACAUCACUCAUUUACAUAAAUGUUUCUUUAUUUGCCUCUAAAAAGUGUCCUAACCAGGCGUGACUCGACAAGUUACCAGUGACUAACUCACUGACAGCAUAAAUUGAGUAACUCACAGCCAACUAUCAAAUGUUCUGUAUACAGAUACACUACCGUUAAGAGUUUGGGCUCAAUAAGAAUUUUUUUAAAGAUUUUUAAUUGAUUUUUAAAAAGACAUUUUUCAAAUAAACGCUGUUCUUUUGACCAUUCUGUUCAUCAGGGAAUCCUGAAAACAAAAGUGUAUCACAAAU